AUGCUCCUGCUGCAAGCCGUCGACGACAUCUCGAUUGCCGAGAGCCUCAUGGCCUUGACCAAGGCCUCGGAAUCGCUCUCGUCCGCAGAGACCGAGUGCGACUCGGACGUCGAGCCGCUGCUCGUGUCGCUGCGCCACGCCAAGCCCGACGCGACGUCGUCGCUCAAGCAUCUGACGCGCCUCGCCGACGAAGAGUUCAAGAUCCUUAGCAGCCCGACGGGCAUUGACGAGUCGUGGUGCAUUGACACAAUGCGCAAGAUGGAGCAAGGCCUGAAACGCAUGAAGCCGACGCACCACCACCGCCGCAACGGCCAGCUCAUCGUGCUUGACAAGGACAGCGAGUGCGAUCUGCGACUGCAAGCGCACCAGCGCGACCGCAAGCUCUCGGUUUCGUCGUGGUGCUCGAGCGACAGCGACCAAGGCACCAAGCGCAUUGGUAGCUACUCGCCGGAAGACCGCGCCGAGCGCAUCCAGCGAUACCUCGAGAAGCGAAAGCACCGCACGUGGGGCCGCAAGAUCAACUACGGCGUCCGCAAGAACUUUGCCGACUCGCGCCUCCGCGUAAAAGGCCGCUUUGUCAAGAAGGAAGACGAAGAGCUUCUGUGCCUCUAUCUGGGCAUGACCUAAACCACAGCGCCGCGCGUCGUCUUGCUGGACGACGGAAUCCAAGCCGCCCGCACCGCCACCUCU